CGCGCGUGCUUCCCAAAGAAUUAUGCUAAAUACCAGAAACAAAAGCCAAUAAGUGUAAUUACGACAAUAACAAACUGAAUGUGCGUGUACGCGCGCGUGUCUAUUCAUUUUAAUUAAUUUGAUUAAGCCUGUGCGCCUCACCCCUCUCUCAGGCGAGAACAAACAGCGGCGACUAUUGCUGUGGAACAACAGCCAGCCAGCCAGGCAGCUAUUAAGUGCGGAGUGAGGGACCGACUGAGACUGAAUAUGCGGUCGUCGCUGCUGCUAGGGUUCUGUGCCUAUGCCUUUGCUGCUUAGACUGUUGCUGAACUGAAGAAACGGUUUAUGAGCGUGCCACACAGUUGCCAUGAUGCGCUACUCGGAAAUAUCGCGUGACUUGAACUCGGACAGCCUGCACUACACGGAGUUGAGCAGAAAAUCGCACGAACCCACAACACACGACUAUGGCUAUGCGGGACAGAAUUAUGAGCACCCGUGCUACCAACAGCAACAACUUAGUUCCACCGCCCAACAGCUAUGGCGCUGCUCCAAUGGCAAUGGCAAUGGCAAUGCCAAUACUAUUGCCUACAUACGCCAGCAGGCACAGCAAACACCGCGGCAACAGCUGGCGGCCAGUGCCAAGAACCUAAUGAAGCAGGAGUUGGAGGUGAAGCAGCACGUGGGGAAGCAUCAGCAACAACAGCAACCGUCCAGCAAAUCGCUGAACAUAAAGAGCGGGCGUCGUAAAAACUCCAUUGGCUGUUUGAACAGCUUUUCCUCGUCGCCAGAUUCCCCCGGCUGCUACUACAGUAUGGCAGCACCCGUUGCGCCGGCCUCAAAGUCUCAAAGUCUGCCCGCGCAUUCAUCCAUUAAGCAAUUGGAUGCGGUCAUCAUGAGCGCUUUGCGCGUACCCGCCGAUGUCUUGGCCAAUCAAAUAACGCUGCUCGACUUUCCCGUGUUCGCGCUCAUACAACCGGAUGAGCUGAGCAGCUGUGCCUGGACAAAGAAGGACAAGCAUGUCGUCACGCCCAAUAUUGUGGCAUUUACGAAGCGCUUCAAUCACACCAGUUUCUGGACAGUGCAGGAAAUACUGAAUGGCGAACAGCCGAAGCAACGUGCUGAAAUAAUGACGCAUUUCAUCAAGGUGGCCAAAAAACUGCACGAACUUAACAAUCUACACUCGCUGUUCGCCAUCAUAUCGGCCAUGCAAAGCGCUAGCAUUUAUCGAUUGAAGAAAACUUGGGCCUGCCUGUCCAAGAAGGAUCGUCAAUCAUUUGAGCGGCUCAGCGAUAUAUUCAGUGAUCAGAAUAACUGGUCAAAUUUACGGGCCUACUUGGAGAGCCUACGACUACCCUGCAUACCGUAUUUGGGACUAUUUCUCACCGAUCUUAUAUACAUCGAUCUGGCACAUCCGCACAAGGGCGGUCUGGAGCCGGAACAGCGACGCAACAAAAUGAACAACAUCUUGCGCGUCAUAUCGAACUAUCAGCAGUCUGACUACAAGCACAUUGUGGCUCACGAAAUAACACAAAAGUACUUGACAUCGAUACGUUACAUCGAGGAAUUACAAAACAUAUUCGAAGAAGAUCAAUAUAAACGAUCACUGAAUCUUGAACCCACCUCACCAUCUGGUCCCAGUUCGUCUUCGUGCAGCUCGAAGGAGUCCUUCAAUGUGGAAAUGCUGGGACCCGCUCUCGGCUGCCUGAAUCUCUCGCCGGCUAAAACCAUCGGCUCCAUGCGCAUGGCAAGCGGCACAAAAUUCGUUCCGGGCCAUCGCAAGUGUCGCAGUCUGGGCACCAACAUUUUUGGGAAAAUUGCGCACACGCCGACCACUUACGAGGUCCAUGGCCACGCACAUCAUUUGGAGCACGAUCUAAGCCAACAGCCGCGCCAUCAUUUGCUGGACGACUCCGUGCUGGAGCACAGCGACGCACUGUCGACCGCCGACCUGACUUCGCUGGAAAGUGCGGAGGGGAUUCUGUGCGAUUUCGGAGGCAGCGACUGCGAUCUGAUGUCCCCAGAGGCGGCGGCGGCAAUGCAGGGAUGCGUGCGACGCAAGACCGUGCAGAAGGAGGGUCGCAAGCCGGCAGUGGCCUCCUGGCAACGCUACUGGCUGCAAAUCUGGGCCAAUUCCCUUGUCUACUUUCCGCCCAAGUCCUUCAAGGGUAGCGAGCGCGAGGACUUCAAGCGCGAGCCCUGCAAAGUGUGCUCCCUGGACGGCUGGAUGGCGCAUGUGAGCGACAAUACGAAGCAUAAGAACACCUUCGAGCUGCAUCACCGCCACUUGGGCACCGUGUACAAGUUCCGUACGGACAGUCCGCAGAUGACGCACCUCUGGACAAACGCCAUUUGCAAGCUGGCCAGCAUGCGUGUGCCGAAGCCGUUGCCAGCGAAUCUGAUGUCCUUUGAGUGAAGGAGAACUCGAAUCAAUUGUGUACUCAUUAUUUAAGUUUAGUUAGCUAUCCCCAUCUUAUGUAUAUUACGUACAUACAUAUAAUAAUGGCAAAA